AUGUCGAGCAGCAAUCAAGGAUCGGCUGGAGGCGUGCCAUCACCGUCUGACAGCCAGCGAAGAGAUGAAGUGGGAUUAAAAGACCUUUCCGCUGAAUUGGUCGAAAUGAUCGGCACACAGGCUGAGACCCGCGACUUGCUAAAUUUUCGCUUGGCGGAUAAGGAAACGGAACAAAAAACGAGAAAUACAUUCACAGAUCGCGUUGUCAAAAAUUGGCGAAUGGAUUUCGAACAGGCAGAUUUGGACCUACUCCAGGAGUUGAAUGUAAACGAGAACUUUUCGGAUUCUUUGAGGAAUUUAGUCAUUACCGAUGUCUGCCAACCAGAACGAACUCGUUUUUCUCGAAGUCCUGACUUGUCUUUGGCCGAUUUCCGCGCAGAGAUAAGGCCAGAAGAGGAAAGACUGAUCUCCAUCCUGAGCAUGAAUAACCUGCGCCCGUCUGGAAUACUCUUCCAUUUAAUUGACCAACACAAAUAUUACCCAGCUGAACUAAGUAGGAUUGAUUCAGCAUUUGCAACGGUCUGGCGUAUCGUUACGAGUGUAAAAAUGGAUGUGCGAUUCAUCGAAACCAGAACACAUCAGCCCAAUGAAAGCAUCGUCGCGGUGGGCAUCAACCGAGAUAAUCAAGGAGCAGCCAAUUCAUACGAGAAUAUACACAAGAUCGAUCUAGUUUUCAAGCCUGGACGUGUCCAUGACCAGUACGAACCAUUCCUCUUUGGACCGCAAGUCACGGAUCAUAAACUUCAGUGGUGCGAUCAGGACGUCCAUGAUGUUUUUCCGUCCAAAGCCCAUGAAGCGAAGCUGUAG